CCCCCCCCCCCCCGGUGACAUUGUCGUUCGCGUCCUUAUACCAGCUGGAGCCUCCACGACUCAGUCCAUACCACUGUCUCUGCUGAAUCGCGGGCCCGUCCAAGAGCGAUCACGCCACCUAGACCACCAUCCGGGCCAGUCUUUGCUUCUUUCCACCAUGGGGCGCUCCCGCGGUCCCAAGUUCUCCUUUCCCAUACCCGGGCGCCGUUCGCAGCAGACAAAAGAAAGCGCGGCCAGCCCCAGUGCACCCCAGCCCUCAGCCCAGCAAUGGCCCUCGCACCUCGAAGAACCCACAAGUAAAGCACACCGUGUGCUGGGCACCUCGGAAUCACCAAUGUUCCGCACACAGUCCCGCCAGACGUCCAACAUGCCUGCGAGCCCAGCCUACACGACCAUCACUGUCUCGUCCGGGACCAGGUACGGUGACGAGUACGACGACAGGGCGUCGGCAACUGCAACCGAAUACACCAAACGGCCCGCCAUGUCGAAACACCCGGCGUCAAUCACCCUGGGGAACACCAACGGCGGGACGACACGGCGGGGCUCAGACAACAGCUCCGCCAGCUAUCGUCUCCAGCCGCAGACAUCAAGCUCCACCACGCGUUCGCACUACGACGCAACAUGCUCGCCGCUCUCCAUCUCGCAGCAGACGUCCAACUCCGCGGUCCGUGACAUGGCAUUGAGGAGAGGGAAGCCUCAGGUAGUCACAGGUGGACAUGGCUACACCUACAAUAGCCAUGAAGCCAGUCCAGUAUCGCCAACGAUGGACUCAGCGAGGCGAGAGCACCGCAAGAGCAAGCCUGCACGAUUAGAUCUCUCGAAGCUAUUUCCCAAACCGAGAGCUGGAGACGGCCAGAACUACUCAAAUCCGCUACUCUCGCCCACCAAGAUGGUCAACUCGCCAGCUGCUAUGUCGAUGAGCUCCGAGUACUUUGCGCAGCCUAUAACCAGAGAACCUACGCCAGCGCCACAGGGACACGCAAAGUUGGCCAAGCAUGCGCCGCCUAUGCCGAGCUCUCCGAAACGACUGUUCAGACGUGACGAGUACGACAACGCCAAAGUGCACGUCCGCAGACCCCCGAAGGGUGUGCAGCACUGGUUUGAUGCACUUGACGAGGACAGUGACGAAGCAGUAGAGGAAGCAAGAGCGCCAGUACAUGCCCCACAAGCACGGCGACCGAGCAACACACCCAAAAUACCCCUACGCAAGACCUCACUCAGCGGUAUAUACCCAGAUACUGCAGCCCCACAUCCCGCCCUGCUGGCACAGAAGUCGAUUUCAGGGUUUAGCAGCGAUACGUUCUCACACGAGGACAUGAUCGAUAUCAAUGGACUGACCUCACCAAGUCAAUUCUCUUUACACACGCAGAACUCCACCAAGACAAAAGAGUCGACGAUGUCGAAACACAACCUUCAGGAUUCGAGCUGCCUGUCCUUCUCAUCAUCCGAGGAUGAAUACGACGAUGAUCGACGUGCCCUUCGUAACUUUGCAGUUCGGAAGAGUCUGAACAUGGAUGAUGAUGCAGGCGAGAUCAUUUUUGGCCAAGCGCAGGCUUUCGAAGUCCGAUCGAAUCGGAACCUCUCGGAGCGCAAGAUGAGCAUAAUGUCGACCUCGACAAGCGCUGCUACGAUAGACAUCAUGUACACUCCGGAGCCGUUCUCCCCGCCCAACUUCUCGAGAGUCAGCAACUACAGCGGCAGCAGACGCUCUAGCCAUAUACGACAACCUUCUGUCAUACUUGAGGAUGAAGACGAUCGCCUGAGAACAGCUGCACACGCACCGCCUUCUUCGUCAGCAUACAGCAUACGCAGCACAUGUACCUCAGCUGGUGAACCUCAGCCCCGAUCGCUUGCGGCAGAACGCAAAAUGAUGGCAGUCACCCCUGAGGAAGAAGCGCUCUUGGAGCUGAUGCGCAAGAAGCGUGCCUCAAUGGCGAAGCAGAGCUCGACAAGCAUGAGCAAGGCCUACAUCGAGCAGGAGGAUCAGCGACAGAAGGCUCUCGAGGCGCUGCAAAAGACUGGUCGGCCAUCAGCCUUUCUGGCAGCAGAGACACAAGUAGCCAGCCCUGUUCGGGUAGUGGAGAUGAAGUCGAAGCGAAAACCGUUAGCUGCAUCCUCGACCUCGUCAGCACACCUGACACCACCACCUCGCGGCAGAUCCGCCAAAACCAGCCACGACGCAAACAUGACCAGCACCCUCCGCGACAGUUCAGUCAGUGACAGCGAAGGCUUCAACUUCCCUGUCGCUCGAGGCUUCAACUUCCCCGUCGCACGAGGCUCGCUACCGCACCACAUUCCCACGCCCGGCGCUUUCUCCCCCUUGGACCCCUUCCCUCUGAUCUCGCCUUCCCAUACCGCAAGCCUCACGUCCCCAACAACCAUCGGCCACGUCUCACCUCUCCCUUCACCCAUCACUCCCGGUCCUUGCAUGGGCGAAACACACGACAAUGUCAAGAUCGCCAGCAGCGAUACCAGUGCCGAUAAUGAGGAAGUUGCCGUUCUCGACAACGACCUCCCAGUCCACAUCAUCAAAGCCGCCAAGUCUCUCGAAACUAUGGAGUCAACCCACCAGCGUCGCCGCACAGCAUCAUCUGGCACAGAGAUGAGCUUCCCGCUCCCUCCCACGUUUGGUGCGAAGGACCUCGCUCCUGUCUCCGAAGCAAGCCUCUCGUCGCGUGCGCCGAGCAUUGUCGAGCCGACGAUGCCGCUGCCAGCUGUACCAGAGCGCAGUUCCAAGCGUAGGAGUGCGCUCGCUGUUGCACUCGGGCAGUGUAGCAGGCAAAGCAGUGUAGUGAGCAACGCGUCUUCGCGCUCAAAUGCUUCGAGCAUGAACGCACCGAGCCUGUUGAUUGGGCGUGAACGCUCCAGGUAUGCUUCUAGGGGCAGCAGUGUGGCGAGCAUGACCAGGAGUAAGGGGAGGGAUAGUGUGAGCGAUGAUGUGCUUGCUGCUUGGGGCAGCCUUGGCGGCACCUACUGAGACAGCAACAUCGCUACCGCUCCACCUGUAAACGAUCUCGAUGCGCAUAUUCUCACGACAUUGGGCGGCAUCAUCACAACUUCCUUACAUUCUUCGAUCUAGCAGUUCAUCUACUAUAUCUUGUAUUAUUUCACCAUUUCCUUGUCUGUCUAGACACUAUCUUAUAAGUCGCAGCGCGCGCAACGAGUCUCGUUUUGUCACUUUUCAUAUCUAUUGGCACGCACGUCAUGUUGUUCAUGGUUUCAUUGCGUCUGUCCUUUACCUCGGCACGAUUGUCGAUUGUAGUCAUAGUGUUUAGACAAUGCAUGCAAGCCCAGUCCAUCCAAGCUGUGGAACAUUG